AUGCCCGUUCCCUGGGAAGCCUUCAUCCCCAUGGGCCUCGUCGUCGUCAUGUUCGGCGUCACCGGCACCGGCUUCAACCUCGCCAAGCGCAUGACCAACGACGGCAAGCCGCAGCGCCACUCCGUCGACGACUGGGACGACAUGAUGAUGCGCCGCGACCAGCGCCUCACGGGCAGCUUGCGAGGGCAGGCGACGGAUCCGAUAGCCAAGCCCGAGUUCGCGACAUCAAGCGUGUGGAACACCGAGAAGCACAACAUCUGA